CCCGCGCGGGCCCCUCGGCGGGCAAACCCGCUGCAGGCCCCGUUCUCCCCACGCCGGGGCGAGGCUGGGCUGGGCCAGGGCCCUGCUCCGUGCCCACUCGCCCCCGCGCUUCCACUCCAGGCCGCCAGGCCCAGCGCCCCUAGGGGCGGACAGGUGGGGCCGCGAGGCAGCGAGCGAGGGGGCCGGCCAGCAAGGGCCGCCCAUAGCAACGCCCGGCACUGGGGGCGGGGCCGGCUGAGCCUGCCGGGCUCCCGUCCGCCCCGCUUACCCCCUCUUUUGCCGGGAGCUGGCGGCGGAACCAGGCAGCGGCGGCCAGGAUGGCAGCGCCCAUCAUCCCCGAGAGCGGCAGCAUAAAAAAAGCAGUGUUGCUCAUUAACAUGAUAGACACAGGCAAAUUUCCUCGAUUGCUCUCCCGCAUCCUUCAAAAGCUUCAUCUAAAGGCUGAGAGCAGUUUCAGUGAAGAGGAGGAAGAAAAACUUCAAGCUGCGUUUUCAGUGGAGAAGCAAGAUCUUCAUUUAGUUCUUGAAACUAUAUCAUUUAUUUUGGAACAGGCAGUCUAUCAUAACCUGAAACCAGCUAUUCUGCAACAGCAGCUGGAGAGCAUUCACCUUGAUCAAGACAAAGCAGAAGCAUUUGUCAGUGCGUGGACUGCUGCAGGUCAAGAUACAAUUGAAAAGUUCAGGCAGAGGAUUUUGGCCCCUCAAAAGCUUGAGACAAUUGGAUGGCAGCUUAACCUUCAGAUGGCUCAGUCCACCCAAGCUAAACUGAAAUCUCCUCAAGCUGUAUUAGAACUUGGAAUGAGCAAUGAAGAUUCAAAGGUAGGAAAGCCACUGCCUGGCAGAGUGAAUUUAGGAAUUUUUCUAAAGGGACAUUCUGGGUACUAAUCAGCAGUACAGGUUACCUCACAACUCACUCCCAAUGUGCUUCAAACUUGUCAUCGAGGGACCACCUAGUGGGGAGAGCGUAAUUCAAUCUCAAUGUCUGUUCAACCCCUGAGUCUGCUGGAACUACUAACAAGGUUGCCAGUUGUGAUGGCCAUCUCGAUGUGGACACCUGCCCACUGGAAACUGGACUGAGACUAAUUCACUUCUCAUAAGCCAUCCAGGAAUCAGAUGGUUACAGUUUGGGUUGUUACUAAACGUAGUAUGUCCCUGUGAAGCCAUCUUAUAUUUGUAAUGUAAAACUCCCACAACACUAUGAAAUUGAGUCACAUACACAAUCUUUUCGAGAGUGGAGCAGACAGAGGGUGCUCUACAAUUCAAGAAUGUUAACCUGGUCCCUGUAUGUGCUCCUGGAUUUAGUUCUACAGGGCUCUGAACCAGUUUAUGCUGUAUUUUAAUAAUUUUACUUUGUUCCCAUAGGUAGGAUUUUCUAAAGCACUUAAGUGAUUUAAAAACACAGAUAUCAUAGUUUUUUUAGGUGCCUUUGAAAAUUCUACCGUUAGCCUUGUGGCAUCUCUUCCUUUGUAAAUUAUCAACUUUGGAUUUAUUUCUUCAUAUCAGUAGUUUUUUGCUGUCUAUAGUAUCUGCCUAAAAACCUGUUGCCAUUGGAAUUGAAGAAACAGUUACCCUAAUAUGUUUAAUAUUUUCUAAUAAUGUCACAUUGAAUUUAGAAAAUUAGGAUUAGAUUAACAUUUUUAGUUAUUUAGUUAAUCUUUCUAUAUUCAUAAAACACAAGGACAGUAUACUGUCAUUUUGUCAAACUUAUAUGAUAUCCUUCCUCCCCAGCCCAACUCUGGCAAACAAAGUCUUUCAGUAAAAAGAAAAUCAAUGCUGUCAUCUAAAGGUUUCUAUAAUUUUAAAAUUUUUAUGUUUAGAAAUAAAAUUACUUGAAAUUGCCGUUGA